ACCUUCCUCCGCCUCUCUCGCUUCUACACGGCCAGAGCAGCCUCGCAGCAGCACCAAUGGCCGCAGCACUGCCCAAGCGCAUCAUCAAGGAGACGCAGCGCCUCGUCGCCGACUCGCCGCCAGGCAUCUCGGCAGAGCCGCACGACGACAACCUGCGCUACUUUGACGUCGUCAUCUCGGGCCCGGACUCGUCUCCCUUCGAGGGCGGCAAGUUCAAGCUCGAGCUGUUCCUCCCCGAAGACUACCCGAUGGCGCCGCCCAAAGUGCGCUUCCUCACCAAGAUCUACCACCCCAACAUCGACAAGCUCGGGCGCAUUUGCCUCGACAUCCUCAAGGACAAGUGGUCCCCGGCCCUCCAGAUCCGCACCGUCCUCCUCUCGAUCCAGGCCCUCCUCUCGGCGCCCAACCCGGACGACCCGCUGGCGAAUGACGUCGCGUCGCACUGGAAGGAGAACGAGAAGGACGCCAUGAGGGUCUCGCGCGAGUGGACCCAGAAGUACGCCGUCUGAGGCUCGGCCUCCCUCUCAUCUCUCGACCUUGACCUACACCCAUCCUCCUUCGCCUUUUCCCCUCCCACUCUCACUCUUUCGACGACCUCGCUUGGCCCUCUACGGUCCUCCCCCACCCCUUCCUUCCUUUUGUCUUGAUCUCCCUCGCCUCCCCCUCGUAGUACCUUCCUGACGCGCAAUACUAGAACCCCUCUCAUCCGCG